AUGGGCCUUACCACCCCGUCGCCCGAGAUCGGCGCUCUCUUGCUGACUGCUUUCCUCUAUGGAGCCUGGAGAUUCUAUGGAUUCCUGCGUGUGGUAUACUUGACUCCUUUAGGUGCCCUUCCAGGCCCAUCAACACCCAGUUUGGUGUAUGGGAACAUGAAAGAGAUCGCCGCGAUGGACGACACUCUUCUGCCGGACACCUGGUUCACACGGUAUGGCAAGAACCUGAUUGACCGUGAAUUCUUCAUGCGACCGCGCCUCUGGUCGCUCGAUCCUCUAGCCAUCCACCAUAUCUUGUCCCAUCCCAAUGAUUUCCCUAGACCAGAAGAAGCGCAGAGGGGUAUUCGCGAUCUCUUGGGCCGAGGCGAGGAACACAGGAAACAGAGGAGAAUCUUGAAUCCCGCCUUCGGACCCGCGCAAGUCCGCGACCUCACCCACAUAUUCGUCGAGAAGUCAAUUGAGCUACGUGAAUACUGGGCCAAUGCUGCGCGCAGCGGCACCGCUCGAGUGAACGUCAACAGCGAUCUCAGCAAAUUGACCCUCGACAUAAUUGGCAUAGCAGGAUUCGGAUAUAACUUCAACGCCCUGAACCCGGAAGGCACACCCAAUGAGCUCAGCAUGGCGUUCAGAAAGCUGUUCAUGGGCACCCCGUCUAUCUCAUCUCUGGGACCGGUCCUUCGACUUUGGUUCCCUAUCCUUAAGCGUAUCCGCACCGAGCGUGGGGCUACACUCGAGUAUGCGUCUCAAACAUUUCAGCGCAUCGGAACGCAGCUAGUCGAAGAUCGGAAGGCCGCGAUUCUCAAGGAGGCUUCGGAGAAACACCUACAGGGCAUCGAGCGCAAGGAUCUGCAAGGCCGUGAUCUGUUGACGCUCCUCAUCCGCGCCAAUAUGGCUCAGGACGUCCCGGAAAGCCAAAGGUUGUCUAACGAAGACGUCAUAGGCCGUGCGUUCCUCCUUGCGGGACACGAGACAACGAGCACCUCGUCCACUUGGGCCCUCUAUUCGCUCUCCAAGUACCCGAAAGUGCAGCAGAAGCUUCGUGAAGAGUUGUUAUCCGUCUCAAGCGACACGCCGACGAUGGAAGAGCUCUCAGCGCUGCCCUACCUCGACGCCGUCGUGACUGAGACGCUCCGGCUGCACUCCCCGAUCCCAAUGCUCACUCGGGUCGCUGCCAACGACGACGUGAUUCCGCUCGGCGAGCCGUUCACCGAUCGACACGGCAAGGUGCACAGCGAAAUCCGGAUCGCCAAAGGCAACAAGAUCAUCGUCCCCAUAAUGGCGAUGCAUCGCUCCCGGGAAUUAUGGGGCGAGGAUGCCAUAGAGUUCAAACCCGAGCGCUGGCAGCAGCCUCCCGAAGCUAUUUCGGCGAUCCCUGGCGUAUGGGGCCACCUACUCACCUUCAUCGGAGGCCCGCGCGCGUGCAUCGGAUAUCGCUUCUCCAUCAUCGAACUCAAGGCGAUUCUGUUUACGCUCGUCCGUGCGUUUGAAUUCGAGUUCGCUGUGCCUUUGGACGACAUCGUCAGCAAGACCGCACCUUUGGGCCGUCCGUCUCUGCUGAGCGAGCCGGAGAAGGGGUACCAACUACCGCUCAUUCUCAAGCCGUACAAGGCUACCUGA